UCUUUUUAUGGCUGGCAACACGAAAGCAGCGACAAGAAUUUUGCCUGUCACGCGAUUAUCAGAGCAGUGAAACAUUGUUGUCUCCGUGUUUGCCACAUCACGAUAAGCCAGCUGAAAUGCUGCUGCUCAUUGUCCUGCCAAACACACACACAUGCAAUUCGCUAUUCCCUCUUCAGUUGGUGGCAAAUGUCGCGACUAAGCAGAGCAUUGCGAGUGACGCUCGUCGAGUACUUUAAGAAGACGAGUCUCAAUGGCUUCGGUCUGUUGUACUACAAUCGGAGACGUCGCUAUCAGCGUUUCUUCUGGUUUCUCUUCAUUGCUGCUGGCAUUUGCUCUGCAAGCUUUGUGGUCUUUGCCACAUUGUUGCAAUUCCUGGCACGCCCAACAAUCACAGCUUUGUCUACGCUGAGCGUGAGUCAGCAGGAGUUGCCUCUGCCACCGCUGACGAUUUGCAGCAGCAACAAACUGAGUCGCCACAAGCUGCAAGCAUACGCUGAGCUACUUGCCGCAAGGAGUGGCAACACAACGGAGCAUUGGUUGCAAGAGUUGCAGCUGCUGGCAGGUUACUUUAGAGCCAACUCGGUGUCAGCUGAAGCUGCCACCAGGUUGCAAGUUGCGUUGGGUGAUAAUUGGUCAGCGGAUGUGCGUGCACAACUGUUGCAACUGUCGCCGAGUUGUGCCUCUUUGUUGCUCAGUUGCCACAUCGAUGAAGUCGAGCACAAUUGUUCAAGCCUCUUUCGUUUGACGCCCACCAUCGAGGGCAAUUGCUGCGUGUUGCAAGCCGGCAACAUUACCACGGAGCAUUUGCAGCUGCGUUUGAAUGCGUCGCGCGACGAUGACUUUUACCUGCCACAUGUGGCACUUACAGCCGCAUACAGCGUGCAUUUGCCCGGCUGGUUGGGGCGUCUCCAUGUGUCAGCUGGCGAAUUCAAAGCGUUGCAAGUGCGGGCUUUGCGACUGCAGGCCGAUGAACAGCUACGCAGCUAUCCAGUUGCAGAGCGCGGCUGUCACUUUGCGGAUGAGGCAGCUGAGCUGGUGCUGUGCUUGCCACAGUGUCGCCUGCGUGCGGUGCUUGCUGCCUGCCACUGUGCGCCCUUCUACUACAGCGUCGUGGGUCAACACAAUUUCAGUUACUGCAACUUGACACACACGGCUUGCCUGCAACAGCUUGAGGCCAACUGGUCGCCCUGGAGCUGUGUCCACUGUCUGCCCGCAUGCAACGAUUGGCGCUACGAGUUGCGCCAAAGUCUGUUGGGGCAUGUGCAGCCGCUGGAGACAAAAUUGAGCAUACGCCAUGGUGGACAGCGAGUGCCAUUGUAUAGCCAGGAUGGUCUCUAUCAUUGGUAUGAGUUGCUCUCUAAUGUCGGAGGCGUUUUGAGUGUUUGCAUUGGCUGCUCGUUUAUCAGCGGCUUUGAGAUUGUUUACUUUAUGGUAUUUCGACUGUGGCAAAAUUGGCGCCAUUAAGCGAUGGGCAGAUGGAUGGGAGGAAGAUACAUAUAAUAAAUAUUGCGCAUACGCCAUAUGUGACAGCAAAUGAAAUUAGUUUUGAUUUAUUUGGUCGGACAUACGCCUAAGUCGUUCGUCAACAGCUUGAGGCACAAUGUAUCCAUCUAAACAUUUAUCUUCAUAGCAGCCACGCCCCUACUGGGACAGGGGCGA